AUGAGAAGAGAAAAGCAGAAGAAGAAGAACGAAAGCGGGCGAAGAAGAAGGAAACGAUGCAGACAUUGAAGACGACAUUCAUCGUCUCCGGCAUCAUUGCCGCCGUAGCGGUGGCUGCCUUCGCCAUUGUUAAAAAAUUGCGAGAAAACUGAUUCAUUUUUCUUUUAACUUUGCUCCU